AUGCGAUUCACAAAACCGGCAUGGGUGAUGCACAAAGGUGAAAUCUUUGUUCAGCCUUUUGGGACCGGACUGAUGUGGGUGUGCGCAGAUACUUCUAUGAAGGGCGACCAAGAGAAGCGGCUGUCCAUUUUUUCGGUACACGUUCAUCCUGAUGGAUCUCGCAUUGCCACCGGCGGUCUUGAUGCCAAAGUGCGAAUAUGGAGUACGAAACCAAUAUUGAAUCAUGCUUCUGAGGUCUCCGGACGACCACCAAAAUCUCUCUGUACACUUAUGAUGCACACGGGUCCAGUGCUAGUGGUACGGUGGGCACACUCGGGAAAAUGGUUGGCGAGUGGGAGUGAUGACCAGAUUGUCAUGAUCUGGGACCUCGAUCCUACGGCGAGGGGCAAGGUAUGGGGAUCGGACGAGGUCAAUGUCGAAGGCUGGAAGCCAUUGAAAAGGCUACCUGGGCACGAUAGCGAUGUCACAGAUGUGGGAUGGUCCCCAGGAGAUAGAUACCUUGCAACGGUUGGAUUGGAUUCCCAGGUGUUAGUUUGGUGUGGCUACACUCUCGAGCGUCUGCACAGAAUUGAUCAACAUCAGGGAUUUGUUAAGGGUGUUUGCUGGGAUCCAGUUGGAGAAUUUCUUGCUACUGGCUCUGACGACCGGUCUGUCAGGAUUUGGAGAACAACGGACUGGCAAAUGGAGGCAGAGGUUAGAAAGCCCUUCGAUCACUCUCCGGGAACUUUCUUCAGACGUCUCAGCUGGUCACCGGAUGGCGCGCAUAUAACGGCAUCGAACGCUACGAACAACGAGGGUUAUGUAUUCAUUGCGGCGGUGAUUGCAAGAAGUACAUGGACUUCGGAGAUCAGUCUCGUAGGGCACGAGAAUACAGUUGAGGUAGCGGCUUACAAUCCGCACAUCUUCCUUCGAGAUCCAUCACUAUCAGUCAUCGCGUCCAACAUAUGCUCAGUUGUUGCAUUGGGCGCAGAUGACCGGGCGGUAUCUGUAUGGCAGACUAAAUCAGCUAGACCGCUCAUUGUUGCGAAAGAGGUCUUUGAUCGACAAAUAAUGGAUUUGAGCUGGUCUCAUGAUGGAUUGACCCUCUAUGCCGUGUCAUCUGAUGGCACGAUGGCCGUUUUCAAUUUCGAUCCAGAAGAACUCGAAGGCAUCGCACCUAAAUCGGCGCAAGAGCAAUACCUCAAAAAGUUUGGGUUUAUUCCUCCUCCUUUGCCGGAGGGUUAUUCCCACGACCUGCCCGUCCGACACAUGUCAGAAGAACCUGCUAGUUCUCGUAUGACUCCCCCACCAUCUCCAGGCCGUGCAGCGUCUCAGGCUCAAUCAGACUUCGGCACUACUGUCAAUGGAACUAGUGGUGGCGAACAUAUCAAUAAACUCGUCGCGAAGCGCAAGACGAAAAAGCGCAUACAGCCAACGUUUACUGGUUCUCUUGGGUCUACAGUGCCAUCUGCUGCGAAUGGGGGCGUUGAUACUGCCGAUUCAGGUGCAGCUGCAAGCGCUUCCGGCAGCGUGGGCAUGUCUACAGCACGCACUUCAGGCGAGGCCCCUUUGUCGGCUUCCAUAGCCAAUCAUCGCCAUCCUUCAUCGCACUCGGCGUCGACUCUCGCUAGUGCUAAGCCAUUCGGCUUGCCGUCAAGGCCGUUUGGUGCGAAUAUAAGCGACCUUACGAAUCCGGUAGAGGAUGAGGACUUCAACAUGUCUCCAAUAGACAUGAACACAGAUGUGCCCAUCAGCUCAUUGGAUACGAGUAUGCCGCUUGGAAAAGGCAAGAGGAAAGCCGCUGAUCUAGUCGAUGAUCGUGUCAACAGCAAACCGCGGACGCUUGGUGGUGAUCGUGUACGGGAGAGUGUGCCUGUUCGUGAGAUCGCUGGAGGAAACGCCGGAUUUAGCGCCAACAGUAGCUUGGGAUUGUGGAAUGAACAGUCGAGCCUGAUAGGCAGACUUCAAGUUCCGCCAGUCCUGACAUACUUGAAAGCAACAGUCGAAGGCAGUGAGGAUGUAUUUGAAGGACGCAAUGCGGAAGGCGAUGGGUCUACCGAGGUGCUCUUCGUCAGUGGGAAACAAACUCAGUGGCUGGACUAUCUUCCAUCACCUGUUUUGGCUAUUACAGCUACGACGGUCUUCUGCGCUGUUGCCAUGCAGGAUGGGUCUGUCAAUGUUUAUUCACACACAGGGCGGAGGCUAAUGCCCACAUUGACUAUCGGAUCGCCAUGCUCAAUAUUGAACGGGUGCAAGAGUUCUCUCAUGCUGCUGACUUCUUCAGGUGUCCUUCAUGUUUGGAAUGUGAAAAAGCAAAGUGCUACGUUCUCUCCGACUUCAGUGCUGCCCCUUCUUGGAUCAUCGCCCAAUAUAACUAUUCUUUCAGCUACCGUCCGCCCUAAUGGCGCACCUAUAAUCCAUCUAUCAACUGGUAUUGCUCAAUCGUGGGACUCUGCGUUAUCAGCUUGGGUCAAGCUCGGCGAUUCUUGGUGGGCCAAGGGUUCGGAUGCAUGGCAGGGUCGACAACGCUCCAACAAUCAGUCAACUACUCGUGGAGUCAUUAGUGUGUUAGAGAGUAGCAUCAGCGAAAGGAUGACGGGCGACGACGUAAAUGCAGACAAGCAGCGGCCCACAUGGUGGAACACUGCUUUGACUCUUGGGCAUCUAGAGACUAAGCUACAUGCUGCGAAAACUCUCGAAAGUCCACAAGAGUACAAGCAAGCUCUUUUAUUAUAUGCAAAGCGUAUUGCAGACGAAGGCUUCAGAGGAAAGGCCGAGGAAUUGGUUAAGGAGCUCUUUGGGCCGGUAUACUGGCGUCCUGGCCGUGAUGAAGUCUGGUCGCCUGUAUUAUUAGGCAUAUCUAAGCGAGAUUUGCUGAAGGAUGUACUCACUGUAUUCGCCCGGAGUAAGACGUUAACAAAGCUUGCUCUUGAUUGGCAAGAUAUGUUAAAGAAGGCAACCAUUGAGGAGUAG